GCAGCGUGAAGCUGGAGGAGCGCCUUUACUCCGUGCUCUGCUGCACCGUGUGCCUCGAUUUACCCAAGGCCUCCGUGUACCAGUGCACCAACGGGCACCUGAUGUGUGCCGGCUGUUUCAUCCACCUGCUGGCCGACUCGCGCCUCAAGGAGGAGCAGGCCACGUGUCCCAACUGCCGCUGUGAGAUCUCCAAGAGCCUUUGCUGCCGUAACCUGGCCGUGGAGAAAGCCGUGAGUGAACUCCCCGCGGAGUGCGGGUUCUGUGCACGCCAGUUCCCCAGGGCCCUGCUCGACAGGCACCAGAAGGACGAGUGCCACGACAGGGUGACUCAGUGCAAGUACAAGCGCAUCGGGUGUCCCUGGCAGGGCCCUUUCCACGAGCUCUCCGUUCACGAGGCCGAGUGUUCCCAUCCCACCAAGACGGGCAACGAGCUCAUGGAGAUCCUGGACGAGAUGGACCAGAGCCGCCUCAAGGAGAUGCAGCUCUACAACAGCAUCUUCAGCCUGCUCAGCUUCGAGAAGAUCGGAUACACCGAGGUUCAGUUCCGCCCGUACCGCACCGACGACUGCAAUGGGAUGGACUGGGAUGGACUG